ACUUUUUUUCAGCGCGGCAACUGUCAGAUUGUCAGCGCAAUUUCUCGCGGAGCAAAAUAUUUUCACGACAGAGCAAAAUAGAGUUCAAUUUUGAUAAUUCCUCCGUGAUUACAAACAAAAAGUGAACAAUUGAAGUGGAUGAGUAAAGUGUAAGGAGUGGAUAAGGUGAUAAAAUGAGUAAACACAUGUACACCACGGCAAAUCUCACGGAUACAGAGCUGAAGGAACAAGGAAACAGACUCUUCAGUGCAAGGAAAUUCGAAGAAGCGAUACAAUGCUACACAAAAGCGAUCAUAAAGAAUCCCACUGUGGCCAUUUACUUCACAAACAGAGCCUUGUGCCACCUGAAACUGAAGCGAUGGGAUCAGUCGUGCAGCGACUGCAGGAGAGCCCUGGAAAUUGAACAGAAUCAGGUGAAGGCACACUUCUUCCUGGGGCAGAGUCUGAUGGAGAUGGAGCUGUACGAUGAGGCUAUCAAACAUCUGCAGCGAGCAAAUGAUCUGGCCAGGGAUCAACGGAGGAAUUUUGGUGAUGACAUUGCGUCACAAUUGCGCCUGGCCAGGAAGAAGAGAUGGAAUAUUCAGGAGGAGAAGCGCAUUUGCCAGGAAAUUGAGCUGCAGUCGUACCUGAAUCGUCUGAUACAGCAGGACAUGGAGAACAGGAUAGCCAAGUUGAAGCUGGAUGACAAUGCCAAUGAGGAUUUUGUGAAGGAGAAGAGUGCAGAGAUUGAGAGGGAAUGUGAGAAUCAUGUGACAGAGUUGAAUAAUCUCUUUGCCAAAGUCGAUGAUAGACGGAGGAAAAGAGAAGUUCCUGACUACCUCUGUGGCAAGAUAAGUUUUGAGAUACUGCAGGAUCCAGUGAUUACGCCAUCGGGCAUCACGUACGAACGGAAGGACAUUGAGGAGCAUUUGCAGCGAGUGGGACAUUUUGACCCGGUCACAAGGGUCAAACUCACGCAGGAUCAAUUGAUUCCUAAUUUCUCCAUGAAGGAAGUUGUCGAUGGAUUUAUAGCUGAGAAUGAGUGGUCGUUGGAUUACUAAGAACAACAAAAACAAACGAAAAUGCGACGAAAGGACUGAAAAAAAGGGACAGAAGAGAGAGCACAACUUUGUAUUGGGAGCUACAGCUAAAUCCUUUUUGACUUUUUGCCCACGACUUUCCUCCCUCUUUAUCAAAAAAGAAAAUUCUCUUAUAUCUCAUAAUUAUUCUCGAUGCAAAUGUCAAGAAAAAUAGGAAAAAAAUGUCCAUUUUUGUGUUUGAUUAGCGAAAUUUUAGAGAAAAAAGUUUUAAAGUUAUGAAAAAGAAGAAAAAAGUUUCCGGCUUUGUUUUCCGUUGACAAAAGUGAUAAUGUUGGACUCAAUUCUCUAUCUAUUGUUGAAUUUUUCGAUGCGGGGUAUAAUGUAAUUAAAAAGAAAAUAAAAUGAUGUGCAUUUUAGCAAUUUAUGAAUAAAGAACUGCUCAAGAAAAUGCAACAUGA